GAGGAGGAAGGGCGGCCUCGCCGGGGACCGCUCAUGGCGCUCGACUUCUUGGCUGGAUGCGCUGGGGGCGUGGCUGGCGUGCUCGUGGGACACCCGUUUGACACGGUCAAGGGGCCGUCUCCAUCCAUAGCAAAAGUGUAACUUUGUUGUAGAUGAGCGUAAGCCUCGGAGAGCCUAAAUCAUGGUCCUUUUUGGGAGAAGCUUGAGUUCCUCCAGGCCUGCUGUCCAUAAGCCGGGCACCAGACUGUGCCGGCCUUGGGCUGUCUCUGACCUGCCAAGCGUCAGCUCUGUUAAAACAGCCCCCUCCAGGGCGCGGUCGAGGGGCUGUGCCCCCAAGACACCCCAGAACGUGGAUGGGAAAUGAAAGGCCUCGAAUGGCAAGAACUUAACCUGAACCAGAGCUCGUGGUAUUACUACAAUGUUGUUAAAGUUCAGUGAGUGAGUUUGCUUUUCUUUUCUUGGGAAAUUCAUCUCCCUUGCCAAGUCCUAGCGCACAGCUGGGCAGCCCUGGGCGGGCAGGAGCGCUGGGUGCAGACAAGACGGGGUGCACUGCGGCUCCAUUCUUCUCGGGGCACUGGGAGAGAGGCGAGGGCAGGGCCCGGGAGGGGCUGGUUGAGGGAAAUAGGGUGCCCUCGGGGUGAGGGGUCUUCAUGUUGGGGUCUCCUAGCCCCGUCCGUCAUCUGCAGGGACAGCCCCCCACACACACACACAAAAAACCACUUUUUGUAAGUGCACUCUCCAGGUGACGAUGCAUCUGUUCAGUGGAGAGCACUGGAAAAGCCCCUGAACCCGAGCUAUAGAGCCUGGCCCUUCCCUGGGUCCCCUGCCCACAGAGCCCCCAGAUCACCCUCGCCCCGACUUUCACAGCCACUCACCUCCCUGGGGAGGACAGCUCUGGCCAAAUUACAAAACAUCUCUGAGCCUCGGGCUCCCCGUCUGGGACACGGGGGCAGUUACCCCUGGGCGGGUGGUUCUGAUGUGCGGAGGUUCCAGGAGGCGCACUAGCUGGCCCCGCUAUAAUUAUUUAUUUACAACUCAGAUCUGGGGACCGACUCCUGAGAAUGUAAUUUCACCCAGUUAAUCCCUCAGCCCCGUGACACUGAUUUGGCGUUCAGGAAAUGUUCCUCCCACUUAGCAAACCGCAGAGCCUGCGAAUCGAGAGCAGAGAAAAGCUCUGGUCAACAAAGGGAGCUUUGAGUAAAAGGUUUCUGGGCUGCUGGGCCAGCGUCCCCAGGCCCCGGAGUUGCUGACGUGGGCCCGAGAGACUGUCAGCUGUGCUGUCGCCACUUUAUUUAACUGAUGACCACUGUCCUCACGAGGGGCCACCGGCAGAAACCCAGCAGGGCUUCUGUGGAGCCUGAGGCCCAUUGCUUUUUAAUGUCCGCUGUGCUGCCAGCCCCUGGUGGGGGUGGUUCCAGGGUGGAGCCAUUAGUCAGUGCCCCCCGGCCUCAGCCAUGGUUUUGGACAUGAUGUACUCUUAAGCCAGCACGACACGUGUCACCUGGACCAUGGGCAGGUUUCAGGAAAUAGCCCUUGCCCCGUUGUCACUUAUGUGGGCAGCACACACGGAAACGGGGGGCUGAACCUUUACUUGUUUGAGAACUUGAGCUCCAAUGGGGAUUACUGGGGACCCGGGGCUGGUCCCCAGGCAGCUGGCUCUCCUGGGACUCUUAGCUCCUGAACCCCCUCCCUGAAGAGGCCCGGACACCCGGCCCCGCCCCACCUUGGAGCUCCAGGAUCCACCGUAAGCUGCCAGGCUCCCUGCCCUGUGCGGUCACCGUGGCCUCCUGGAGGCCCUCCCCACGUGGGCCCCCAUGGCUGCCUCUCAGGGGGCCUCUCCUUCCAGGUGCGGCUUCAGGUCCAGAGCGCUGAGAAGCCCCAGUACCGAGGGACCCUGCACUGCUUCCAGUCCAUCAUCAAGCAGGAGAGCGUGCUGGGGCUAUACAAGGGCCUGGGCUCACCCCUCAUGGGACUCACCUUCAUCAACGCACUGGUGUUUGGGGUGCAGGGCAACGCCCUCCGGGCCCUGGGCCAUGACUCCCCGCUCAACCAGUUCCUGGCGGGUGCGGCGGCGGGGACCAUCCAGUGCGUCAUCUGCUGUCCCAUGGAGCUGGCCAAGACACGGCUGCAGCUGCAGGAUGCCGGGCCCACGCGCACCUACAGGGGCUCCCUGGACUGCCUGGCACAGAUCUACCGGCGCGAGGGCCUGCGCGGCGUCAACCGGGGCAUGGUGUCCACCCUGCUGCGCGAGACACCCAGCUUCGGCGUCUACUUCCUGGCCUACGACGUGCUGACGCGGGCACUGGGCUGCGAGCCGGGCGACCGCCUGCUGGUGCCCAAGCUGCUGCUGGCGGGUGGCACGUCGGGCAUCUUGUCUUGGCUCUCCACCUACCCCGUGGACGUGGUCAAGUCGCGGCUGCAGGCCGAUGGGCUGCGGGGCGCCCCGCGCUACCACGGCAUCCUCGACUGCAUGCGCCAGAGCUACCAGGCCGAGGGCUGGCACGUCUUCACGCGGGGGCUGACCUCCACGCUGCUGCGCGCCUUCCCCGUCAACGCCGCCACCUUCGCCACCGUCACCGUGGUGCUCACCUACGCACGAGGCGAGGAGACCCGGCCCGAGGGCGAGGCCAUGCCCGCUGCUGCUGCAGGGCCCGCCCUGGCCCAGCCCUCCAGCCUGUGAGCUGGCCUCCAGGGCCCUGCCUCCCCAGGGGUCCUCAGCCCUUGCCCGGACACCCUGGGCUUUGGACACCACUCAGCAGCUGUGACCCUUGCCCGGGCGUCAUUCCUCAGCUCAUCCGCCGGCCGUGGGUAGUCACAGGGAUCAGAGGUGACCCCCACCACCCGGGUGCCUGGCAGUCGAUGCCCACCACUUGGCACUGUUACUCCGGGUCUUCCGGAACGCCAGCCGGACACUCCACCCCACCCGCCUCCCGUCCCAGCCCCUCCCAGGGCCCACGGCCCCUUGGUGCCCCCACCCUGCGGCCUGACCCAGCGGGUGACUGACGACCUCUCAUGAGUUGCAAAGUGACUUGCCAGCUCCCCUAAUGCCCCACCUGGCAGGACUCCAGGAUCUGUCUCCGUUGCCCGUCUGGUUGCCGUGUUCAGGGACAGAAGGGCAGCGUGGGGAGCCACUGGUGUCACACCUUGCCCGUGCACCCCAGCUCUCCAAUUGGCCCCUCUGGGAAUACCGGGGAAUACCUGUGCUGCCGCCACUCCCACUACAGGGGUGGGGGGGCCCACCAGGAAGCCACGGGCAGGCCAGGGGGCAGGACGUGGGGCAGUUAAGUUGUGGCCUUUCAGCCUUGGCCUCAGCCUGCCCGUCUGUAAAACGGGGACACGGGUCACCAGCUGUCUAGGGCUCUGGCCCACGAGGGCCAGGCAGGGUUCCCCAAGGUGUCCGGGGGGGUUCAGUGUGGCCCCCUCCCCAGGGCUGGGAGAGCUCAGGUCACCUGUAAGCCACAGGCCAGCUGCCUCCCCCCCCCCCCCCCCCGCAAAGUGGCUCUGCCGAGCAGCGUCUCCUUGGUGCCUGGGGUUCCUGUGAGGGUGUGGGGGGCUGCAGCAGGCACAGCCUGGGUGGAAGAGGGUCCUCCAGGCUUAGGGACGGGUCUGAGGCCGCGUCCCAGGGGCCCCAUCCCAGGCACCUCGAGGCAUAGAUUCAGUACAGCGCACGGCCUGGGCAGUUUCUGCAGAGGCUGGGGGCUGCCCCGGGGCACAGAGCGGGGUGGCCCAGGGACCGUGGCCUUUGUCCCGAUCGUGGCUUGGCCUCCUGGGGAAUGGAGCCUGUCAGUGCUGCCAGGAAGCAGGUUGUGCUGCACUAUGACAAAACUCCAGCUUUGUACAGCAAGGUGAAAUAAAGGUGUUUGGUUGUUUUGUAAGAA